UGCGGAUCCAGGACUACAGCUGGGGCAAACCUAUGGGGGCUCCCACGCAACCCCCUGGACCAGCGCAAUUAUCAGUGGGAGGGAAGGCUGGUUCCUCUUCAUUUCCCUUCUCAUCUUCAUCUUCGUACCUCAAGGGACAUCCUGGCCCUACAGUAAGAGAAGUUUAGUUCUCCCCUUUCUCCUGGUUGUGCUUCUUUUGUUCUCAAGAGGCCAACAUCUCUCCCUCUCUCUUAAUCCAAUCUUUUAAUCCCCAAAGGGUACAAAAGCAGUCUGCAAGACAUGUAAAAGAAAGAAACUGACAUGUUUUUGUUAUCUUUCCAUAUUGUGUCUUGCUGAGAGAAGAAGUGAGGUAUGAUGCUGUUUUAUUGUCUUUACAUAAAACGAUGCAUUCAUGAUGUUGCGAAAAUGAAAAGGUGAGACUGUUUAUCCACUCUUGGAUUAAAAAAAAAAAAAAAAGUGCUGUGACCACACAUUCCUUCAGGUAGUGUGAGUCCUAAUAGCGCUGUUCAGACUUGGCACUGAUCCUCAUUUGUUCAGCAAUUUCUCUUUGGAUGUCAAAGUGUGUUGUGGAGGAGUUCUUGGAAUAGCGUUUACUCUAAACGACCGCGUGCUUGUCAACAGGAAGCGGAGAGUGACGUUUGAAUCGAUCGUGCUGACUGCGAUGAUGUUUGCGCCAAAGACUUUUCUGCCCUCUUACUCCUGUUUGCGAAACUCUCAAGCAGCCAAUAAACACUGAAGUCAUGCUGGCCAGUGAACGCAUCUUAGUUGACUGGCUGUGAUUAGCAGAGUUCCCCUUUCAUACAUUGCUGUCAGCUGAGUCACUCUGGAGACGGCUUGUUGCAUAAUCUUGUGUGAUUAUCUGGCGAUGGAUACUUUCUAUGGAGUUGCUGCAAAUAGAUGUUUUUUAUUUAUUUUGCUUUUCGCGUAAAUUCUUACUUUGUCCUUUAAUGUUUUUGUUCAUGUCUCUGCAUGUUGGGUCCUUACCUGAUUGGGCCAAACUGAGAAUUCUUCUUUUAGAAUAAAUAUUGUGUUUUCCAGUAGAUCCAUGCAGAAUAUUCCACUUCUUUACAGUAUGUCUUGCAUACUGUAGAUGUCAUUUAUCGACGUGCAUAACUGAGUGAGUGAUAUUACACUUCAUUAGUGGUUUCCUAGAAGGGAGAAGUUUACUGAGGGCAGUCUGCAGGAUGAACGGUGGGAUAAGCCUCCACUCUGAUGUGCGCUGCCCACAGAGGUCCCCAGGGAGUUUCGCCUUUUCCAUGAUGGCUAAAUCACUCUGACCUCAAAAUACCAGGCCGCUGCUGUGGAGACUGUGCAAAGACACCCGGUACACUACACACUCCCAGCUCCUAUUAAAACUGUUUUUCCACAAUUCGUCAUGGGUAAAAUAAGCACCUUUUUGUCUUGCGGAAAUCAUUUCAUUAUGUAUAUGUACUGUGUAAUGUAACUGUGUAAUGUCACUUGCUUGGCAAGGCACAGUUUUGCGAAGAACAAGAAAAAGAGCAGUCUUUUAAGAAAGAGAAAUUCCCUUUACCUCCUAUUACAGCAAUUAUCAAUCAGUCACCAAAUGAAUGCACACGACGAAAGAUCUCAGGGUGAGGGGCUAUGCCAAAUGGUGUCGCACCCACAAGUGGCUGGAUUUGGUGCCUUGCCCAAGUGCACCUUGGCGAGGUUCAGGAAGCGAGCCAGUAUCUACAAUACAACCAGUCCCAGCUUUUGAUGCAUGAUAUCUGCCCCUUUUUUGUCAUUGGCUGCACAAUGGCGAUCCUGGUUCGUAUCUCCGUUGGAACAUUGCUGUGUGGCGUUUGCACGUCUUCCUCCCACAUUCUAAAGACAUGCAUGUUAGGUUAAUUAGAGACUCUAAAUUAUCCAUAGCUGUUCAUGUGAGUAUGAAUGGUUGUCUGUCUAUAUGUGCCCUAUGAUUGGCGGGUGACCAGUCCAGGGUGGACCCCACCUCUCGCUCGAAGUCAGGGAUAGGCUCCCUGACUUCUUGACACCAAGUGCAUACCUGCAUUCUUGGACAUUAGAUAGUAACAAUAGAGUAUUGAUAUCUGAUUGUUGGUAUCCCGAUACAGUACCAUGAGAGAGAAAAUGUGAUAUAUAGCUAUAUACCUAUAGUUACUAGUUACUUUUCCAAAAACGUUAUUGCAUUAUUCCUUCAUAAAUGUAAUUAGUUACCAGGGAAAGUAAUUAUUACUUUUUUGAAAACCUCCAAAUAUCUGGUCUGCGCCAAUGAGACCUCACCAUAACAGUGCACAAUUGAACGACCUGCUUGUGUUUUGUUUUGAUGUUUGGAAUGUUUUGAUGUUCCGUGAAAGCGCCUCUCGUGUGGUUGGUAGAAGAGAAUGCAGACACGGUGUACGAGAGAUAUACGGUGUUGGAACUAAGCACAGCUGUUGACGUGUUAAGGUCAGAAUAAAGUUCAAAAACAGCAUCAGACUAUGUGACUCUGUUGGGAUCCAACAAUAAUAAAGCACCAAAUUUGACUGUCUAUAAGGGUAACAGCGUUGUAACGUUUGAGAUAUUAAUUCAUUUAUUACCUAUUACUGGAAACCAAUAAUAUUAAUGCCACUGAAUAUCAAUAUGUAGCAGGCAGCUGUCGUUGUCGUCCACUAUAAGUGAAAUAACACAGUCGCCAUGCAAAGUGAGACAGAGAAUGUUCCGAGCAUUGAGAAAAAAAGAAAAAAACUUGAUAACUGCUGCAAAUGCCACAGACAGCAGGGAGCACAUACUUCACUUAUGCAAAUUGUCUGUAACUCUAGCGGUGGCUGUUUUUUUUGUCGUUGUUUAUAAAUGUCAUCUGAUGCAAAAGCCAAUUUUCUAGCUUAGUAGAGGGAAGCUUGUAAAUAGUGACAGAUUUAAAGUGGGUGCAAGCUUGUGAGGACAUAUUCAAAACCUUUUGGAUACACAAUAGCUAUUAUUGAAUAUUUCUUAUCAAGGAAAUGUGAAGAAAAAGACAUUUGACUGCAAUGCAUGCAUAAUUUGGUUAAUAGCUGGACCAGAUUUAAGACUUGAAAAAAACAACACUGAAACAACAUUUCUGACCACACAAAAAGGUCAGGGUUCAUAGGUUGUUCGACCCCAUGUCCACGCUUAAUGCCUUGUGGGUCAAUCUGCAAUGAGCCAUGGAGCAAAGCAGCCAAUUUCCAUGACCACUUCCUGGCACGUUUAGCUAUGAUGUCAUUGCCUGUAUUUACAUCAAAGGUGUGCAGCUGAGCUACUGACUGCUUUUUAUUGGACCCAUGUGCUGUGUGGCACACGGAUCGAUGGAGAGAGUGACAAUGAGUGCUAUUUCUAUGACUUUUUCACAUUCUUGUUAGGUGUUUCCAACAUCUGGAAGAGGAAAAGCAAACACCACUUACAAAAGCCGCAGCAACACACAUAUACUCUGCAGCCAAGCCAAAGUGGAAACAACCAUAAGAAAUAUCUGAUUUUAGUAACGACUGGACCAUCUGACUGGGGCUAGGGAGCACAAGAAAGGUGAGACAAUGUAUUAUUUAUAAGCAUUAAAAAAAAGCAUUGACAGUAUCUUUUAAAAUGAACACACAAAAUGAGAAGUUGACAAUGGCUACACAACAUCCAAAGGAAGGAGGCCAACAAAACAUCAGGUGAACAACUACCAUCAGGUCACAAAGUAAAUGAAUCAGAACACAAAAAUAGUCGGAUAAGGCUUUACUGCAAACCAUUAAACAAAUAUACCCCAGACAAGCAUACUACCAGUGAGGCGUUACUUCUAUCUCGACUAUUUGCCCUAACUUGUGACAAUGAGAUCCUGCACUCUGAACUUCCUGACCACUUUUCUGCUCUUCCAUAGAACUGACUGUACUUUUAUGCAACCUUUGAUCUGGAAUACCCUGAAGUGGGUUGAACUGAGAAGUGAACCAGCUACAAUAUGUGACAUACAAGCUGGAGGCCUGCUUCACAAGCUGGCCCUCGUGUCGAGAGGCGUGCAUGUAUCACGUAAAUGAAAACCCAUGAAAACAUAGCACAACAUGUAGAUAUCAAACAGUGUGAAUGUCUGCUGAAGGAUGUCUCCUGACUGGCACUAACUAAUGUAAUAAUAUAAUAAUAAUGCCACAGCGUAUUUGACAUGAAUGCACAACACAACGGCCUAGGGCAGGGGUCGGCAACCUUGACUCACCCGCUGAAGAAAAAUUGUCUGGACCCGCAAAACAUAGCUUAUAAACUUUUAAAAGUUUUAAUCUUUCUUAAUUUUACCUGUUACAAUAGAAUACAACAAACAUAUGUUUUUUGUUGUUUCUCACCACAUAUCAAGCAUACUGCUAAGCCAGCAUCGUCGACAGAGAAGUCAAAGGAAUCUGUCCGUGCAGAAUUAAAAACUCUUGUUUUCUUCUGAGAUGGGGGGGAUAAAUUAAUGGUUAGCUUAGCGUGGGGGAAAAUGUUGCUUCUGUCAUGUCUGAAGUUCUCAACGAACGCAGGCAGAAAGUCCGAUAUUUUUAACUCCUUUCAAAAAUGCACAUUUUCCUCGCUCGGGUGUUAAAAAAUAUUCCAGGAUUUCGAAGGGAGCCACAACAACAAGGCCGAAGAGCCACGUGUGGCUCCGGAGUUGCGGGUUGCCGACCCCUGGCCUAGGGCAUGCCACAUAAUCACUGCUUUCUAUUACAUGACAUACAGUAUGUGAAGGAGCACAGUGCAAUAACAGAAAGUGAAAUUUUACUCUCGAGGCAACUUUCUUCAUGCAUUAAUGCCACAUUUUGUUUCCAUUGUCUUCGAAAACAGGGCACAGCUCAAGUUAUGUGGACAAACCCUAGCAUGUAUGAACAACUAUUUAAAAACGGCCCCUCGCUUAAAGAUAUAAUCUUGCACAUUUGCACUUCCACACCUGUAAAAUACCUUAUGACGUUGUCACUCUGUGGGAUGUCGUUAACUGCAGGUGUUGACCCGGAUGUCUCACAGAUGCACUGCAUUUUUAUUUUGUUUUGUUUUGUGGGAAUUCAUUUUUGUGUAGUCCUACUAAUAAACAAACCCCAAUCUUUUGUCAGUAUUACAACCAAGUGAAAAUGCAAGAGUUUAUUAGUGGGCAUCUGAAUGUGGGUUCAGAAAGCAGCCUCGGGUCAUCUCUCCGUAAGGACCCAGCAGCAUACCUCUAAUGACAUUACCAAGCUAGCUCUUAAAAAUCGUCUUUUUUCCUUCAUGUUUAUGUCCCAUAAUUCAGCUUUUAGAUUCUUCUGGACCAGUGUCUUUUAGCAAGCAGGGAGGACGCAAAUCCCAUGAGAAAAGGUGCUGUCUUCACUUGGCGAUUACAGGAAUUUGUACAACCAUUGUCCCGGUCCAGAGUGGAACUCUAUGUGUAUGGGCUGUUGUGAGUACGACGUGAUCCGCUGCAAAUGCCCCCUGCAGGGGACUUCAGUGGGCUAUUCCGUGCCCUGCUGCCGCAACGCCAUCAACGAGUGCGACCCCUGCAUCAUCCAUCCUGGUUGCAGCAUAUUUGAGAACUGUAAGCGGUGCAACAAUGGAACAUGGGGUCCCAAAGAUGACUUCUUCGUCAGGGGCCAAUACUGUGCUGAGUGUCGUCCUGGAUGGUCCGGUGGCGAUUGCAUGAAGUGUGGUGGGGUGAUCCACAAACGUCAGGGCCACUUGGUGCUGGAGAGCUACCCCAACAAUGCUCGCUGUGAGUGGACAAUACAGGUGGACCAGCCUUUUACGAUAGAACUCAGGUUUAUGAUGCUGAGUUUGGAGUCGCAUCCUUCUUGUCGCUAUGACUAUGUGGAGGUCAGAGACGGCAACAGCAUCAACUCUCGUGUUAUAGCACGGUUGUGUGGAAACAACAGAGCUGCUCCCAUUCAGAGUUCUGGCAACAGUCUACACAUUCUUUUUGAGUCUGAUGGUUACAAGAAUUUUGAUGGCUUCUUUGCUACAUUCCAGGAGAGCUCAGCUUGCAGCUCCUCUCCUUGCCUACACGACGGGACUUGUAUCCUCGACACCUCUUAUGCGUAUCGCUGUGCCUGUCUGGCUGGCUAUACAGGCAAGAGGUGUGAAAAUGUGGUAGGAUGCCACAGGCCUCCUGUGCCCACCCAUGGAUCCACACAGGGAGUGUUUCAUCACUCAGGGGCGCGCGUCACUUUCCACUGUGAUUCAGGCUUUGAGUUGCAAGGGUUUCGUACUGCCAUCUGCUUGACUGACGGCACCUGGAGUGCGCCUGCUCCGCGGUGUGUUCCAGUGGAAAGAGUUUGUGCUCUUCCACCGAAGCCAACACACGGGGACCACUUCUUGGUUUAUGGCCCCAAUGAUGUUUUAAUCGCUCUCCAGUACCUUUGCCACCAGCCCUAUGAACUCAGUGGAGUCUCUCAGAGAACCUGCCUUCCUAACAACACAUGGAGUGGAAGUCCUCCCGUUUGCAUGAAAGUGAAUAACACACUCAAACAAGCAGAAAAGGAAAGGAAAGAAACUGGAGGGGAGACAGGAAAAGGCAAAGACAAAGAAAUACACGGUGAUAAAGAUGUCAGCAAAGACAAUAAAAGUGUAGCAAAAAAAGAUGAUCACAGAAAUACAACAGCAGAAGACAAAGACACUGGUACUCUUCCACGGAAAACUGAGGUUGAGGAUCAGAAUGAAGGAAGCAGAGAGGGAAAAAAUAACGGAUUGGAAAAAACAACCAGCAGCAGGGAAGAUCAAGUGGGCAGUGAAGGCCCAGACAAUGGCCUGGACGACGUUGAGAAUAAAGAACCUGAAAUAGUAAAACCUGGGAACAAAGACGACAGCCGUUCUCCAAAGUCGGAGACAGAUAUCACUGAGAUAGUGGUGAUAAAAGACAAAGGACAAGAGGAGAAGGAAAGAAAAGAGGAGCAAGUGAAUGGAAAGAAAGACUCAGGCAAGGUUGGACCCAACGACACCAAGCUGAGGACCGUCAUCUCAGAGGAAAUGAACACUGUAGACAUAUUUCAACAGGGAAUGGCAAGAAACAACACUGUCACGGAUGACAACAACGACAUAAAGAAUCACAAUAAUACGAGAAGUUUUCCAGAGAGGAAAAUCAUUCCCUCAAGAGUCAAUAUCACACAGUAUACCUUAUACAGGGCAGGGGGUGAGGAAAGUGGAAAACCAAAGGAAAAACCACCCAUUGAAGAAGACAAACAAGAGAGAAGUCCUACUGAGAAACCAAAGGAGAAACUUGAUGUGGACCAGGAAGAGAAAGAGCAAUGGAAGGACAUAAACCAAAGUUACACUGACAGGAUGUGCCCACCUCCCCCUCGCCUCUAUCAUGGCUAUCACAUAAUGGUGCCAGGGGCCAAUCCUGAGACAGUCGAGUUCUUCUGUAAUCACUCUUACGCUCUGAGUGGAGACGCCCAGUGGAGCUGCCAGCCAAAUGGUACCUGGAGUGGCAAACAGCCACUGUGUGUUAGAGCAUGUCGGGAGCCCAAAGUUUCAGAAUUAGUCAGACAAAGAAUUCUGCCACCUCAAGAGCCAUUCAGAAAGACACCAGUACACAAGCUGUACUUAUCUGCACUGGGCCGGCAAAUCCAGUCAGAGGGCUCCACCAAAAGUCCACCAGUACUUUCCCAGCUGGCCCAAGGCUACCAUCACCUUUACACCCAUAUAGAAUAUGACUGUGUGUCUCCUUUCUACCACCACAAUGGCAGCCAGAGGCGGACGUGCCUGAAAACAGGCAAAUGGAGUGGGCGCCAUGUCUCAUGUUCACCAGUGUGUGGGAAGCAUCCAACCUUUGACCCCGAGAGGCCGGGUGAGGCUCACUGGCCUUGGCUUGCAGCCAUCUACCGCCGCUCCACCAAUGGUGCAGGCACCAAGGUGACCAAGACAGACAGCCACUCAGGAUCUGUGCAGAAGGAUGGCGACGCAAGAUCUGGCAACCACAUUCGGGAUUCUGACUGGCAGCUGGUGUGCAGUGGGGCUCUGGUGAACCAAAGGAGUAUUGUGGUUGCAGCUCACUGUGUCACAGACCUGGGGAAGGUUUAUCCUCUGGAUGCAGCCAAAAUCAAGGUGGUGGUUGGGAAACACUAUCGGGAUGAUCAGAGGGAGAGUAAAGGUUUGCAACACCUGAGGGUUGCCUCUGUCGUCGUCCACCCGAACUACGACCCCCAUAUUCUUGACUCGGACAUAGCUGUCAUCAAGUUACUGGACAAAGCAAAGAUUGGAGAGAAAGUGUUGCCCCUCUGCUUAUCAGACAGUCAGAGUGAGGGGGAGACCUCUGGACAAGGGCUUGUGACUGGCUGGUCCCCACUUCCUGACUCAAGUUUAGGUGAUGAUGAGAAGGCAAGAGUCGGGCUUGUCCACCUCGCUGACAUUGUCCCAUGCGAGCAGCAAUAUGCCCGUAAUGGUGUGCCAAUCAGUGUUACAGACAACAUGUUGUGUGCAAGCCAGAAGCCUGACUAUGGGCCGUCGAACAUAUGUCCCUCUGACACUGGAGGGAUUCUUGUCCUUCCUGCUCACGCUGACAACAAUAAGAGUCCCUCUGUUGGCUUUAAUCAAGGGGGGAACAAAGGACUUUGGAGACUUCUGGGACUAGUGAGCUUUGGCUAUGACCAAGGAGAGUGUGAUCCUGACCUCUACACGGUCUACACACAUGUAGCAAAUUUCAAAGUCUGGAUAGAGAGUUGUAUGAAAUAGAAAUUGCACUGUGUGACUCAUAAUAUUUUAAUGUACAUGGACAGUCGCGAUUCAACAUUCACAGCGACGCAAAUUCAUGGAUUUUUUUUUAAAUCUGAAAAUAUUUUUUUUCCACAGACAAAAUCGCGUUCAGCCCUGUGAUAAUUUAUAAAUAUGUGGUCACGAAAGUAAAAUAUACAUGUACCACCGUUACAGAAAGCCCCCGGUUUUUACAUGUUUAUCUUUAUGCGUCACCGAUAAUGUUUUUUCAUCCAGUGUUGAGAUUUCACACUUUAUUCUUCAUGCCUUGAACGCACCACAGUUGUGUGGUGACUCCGAUUCUAUCUGUUCAUUGAUCAUCUUACAUUAUCAUUCCUUAGUGGUGAGUAGCUAUACAUUUUAUUCUUGAACUGUGUUUAAUACGUGUGUGAGGCAUAGUUCGGGCUUAAAGCUGGAUUGUGUCGCGACUCAACAAUGGCAAUUGAAGAGAGAAGGGUAGGGUUCUGAAGCUGAAUCUAAUCUAAUAAUUCCAACAGUCACUUUUAUUGCAAAUGUUGAUCUAAAGUUGGAUGUGAACGCCAAUGUCAAGCAAGAAAGACGGUUUGGAGGGGGAGGGAGCAAGCCGUAUGUCAUGAAUGGACAUUUUCUGACGGGCGUAUCAAUUGCUCAUGGUUUUUCGCCAUUCAUUGGUAGACCUGGAGCAUAAACCCUGUGAAAGGCAGGGAUCUACUGUACCUUUCUGUUCUCUUUUGUUUGUUUGUUCAAUCUGGUCACCCUAUCAUCUCGUUUUUGUAAUGUCUUGCACAAAGGCAACACUGGACAACGCAGUGCGCUAAAUGAAAGGGAUGCUCGCACAUGAAAUGUGUGCAGCAUCAGUCUUUCAUCAGAUGACGUCUCGUCCCUCAAUCUGAGGUUACAGACUUGAAAAUGACCACCAAUGAGUUCAUCCUCAGGUGAGGAUCUGUUGUACUGUAUAUACAGUAUAUUAUAAUGUACUGACUUUUCUAUCAACUAAUAUGACUAUGAAGGUGAUGUAGAUAUUGUAUUGACAGGAAAAACAGGAUGCUUUUUAAUUAAAAGAAGGAGAGGUUGUACUUCUGGUUGUUGUGUCAGAGUGUAAUAUCCCAUUCAUAUUUAGGAAAAAGAAAAGUGAAUUGCAUUGCCGUUAUGAAUAGAAAAAAACCUGCCUGCUCUGUGAAGCACAGUCUGUGUUAUGAAGCAAAUGAAUCCAGGUCAAAGCAGAACCAUUUCCACAAGCAUAAAGGGAGCAUAUUAUUCACAUAUAAUUUCACCCCUCUGUGCUCAAAUUAAAUCAAUUACUUCCAAUGUGACCCUCCUCCAUUAUUCAGUUUGUAUCUCGCUGAAGGAAGCAAUAAAAAGAACAUCUCCAUUCUCUGUUCAGAAGCAACGUGAAGGUGCUGGGAUGUGAUUUAAGAGACAUUUAAAAUGCAAACCUGAGGCAGAAUGUUCAAAUAAGCCUGGUCAUUUCUUCUUUGACUCCACUGUGGCUACAUAUGUCUUGACGGGACAUCCAGAAAAAAGCUUGACAUAUAUGUCACUGGCGAACAUAGAAUUUGGUGUCUGAGAUAUUAGAACUUGUUUAAGUCAAAUUAUGGUUUCUGAUCUUCAAACCUGUCAACAUUUGCAUUUGAAAAUAAGGGAACCUUUUUGGAAAAUAAGGACAAUUCUCAAUCGUGGAUACUGUCACCAUUGUCAUCUGCAGUGUUUGUUUUCUGUGAUGAAACUAUUGAAAAGGGAGGGUAAUGGGAAAGAAGGGCCAAAUAGGAGUUUCCUGGGGCAAACGGGAGAGUUGACAGGUAUGGAUCAGUUUUCCCCAUCAGCUCUAGUUACAUGUGCAGUAAUCCCUCGCCACUUCCCAUUUUGGAUUUUGCGGCUUCCCUCUUAUCACGGUUUUUGAAAGAUGCACUGUUUUGUGGUUGAAUUGGGCCUACUAUUACUUUUUUAAAAGAGCAGAUUUCAGCAAAUGUUAAAUUUUUUUGCCAGAAUUAAGCAUUUUGAAGCAUAAAAAUGGAUCUAAAGGACAAAUAUAAGGCAUUCACAACACAUUCAUUGUGAUGAUAUGUCGUAUUCUACACUAGUCACUAGGUAUCAGUAAUAUUACUGUAAUGUUUGGAUUUUUGUUGCAGGUUUGAAUUAUUUCACAACAGGCACAAUAAUCUCUAAUAAAACUCAACUUUGAACCCCUGACAUCACUUCCUGUCCACCACUCGCUCUGAUCCUCUAGUGCUAGAACGCAUUUACAGCAACAAACACACAAGCACAAGUUUUAUAUAUGUUUUAAAUGGCUUAUUUACUGUUUUUAUGUCUACUAUAUUGGGUAAUACAAGUGUAAAGGUGACUAUAGGGGUGUUAUUUCAUGUUUAGAAAGCUCUAAUAAUGUAAAAAAAAAAAAAACAUUAGAUGGUCUGUGCUCUAACUACAAACAUUCCGUUCAUAAAUAAGGAAUCCUACUGUGAUGAAAUUCACUUAUCGUAAUUGUAAAUGGAACCAAUUAACCGCGGUAAACGAGGGAUUACUGUAUACAGAGAUAUGAUAUACCCCUUACUGAUUGAUGUCUACAAAUCAUUAUCAUUGUCUUUGUGAUUAACCGAACUGUC